UCUCUGCCUUCUAUGCGUGCUUGAAACACCAGUGCAUGCUGGGAUUUGUAGUAUUUAAUGUCAAUUCAUAGAAAGCAUUUCUGAAAGCAGGUUGAGGCGAGGUGGAAAAUCCCAUUCGUACAUUAACUGGUGUUUCAAGACAUUUGUUGAAAAUGGCUCUGAAAAAUGGAAUCUGCAAAAUGGAGAAAUUUAUAAUUGAAUGCCCAUUGGGUAAAGUUGUGGUGAAUGGAUGCGAAAAAGGAAUACAUGAGAUACAGCUGCAGAGUGAUGCUGAGAUAAGCGAACAGGUUACCACUGUAUCUUACAAGGUCUGUGAAACCCCCCCAGAGAAAACCCAACCUAUGAAAGAAUGUGAAAAUUGGCUCAGAACCUACUUCUGUGAGCCAUGGCUGAUUGAGGAUGUCCCUAUUCCAGCUUUCCAUCAUCCAGUCUUUGAGACGGAUUCAUUCACCAAAACGGUACUGGUUACUCUGCUGGAGAAAGUGAAAGUGGGUGAAACUGUGUCUUACAAAGAAUUGGCUGAACUUGCUGGAAACAAAAAAGCAGCCAGGGCUGUUGGCAUGGCACUGUCACACAACCCGAUACCAGUCAUAAUUCCAUGCCACAGAGUAAUUUGCAGCAAUGGAGAUAUUGGUAACUACAGCAGCGGUAACGCAAACAAACUGAAAGCGUUGCUUUUGGGCUUCGAGAUGGUAAUGAAACAGAUGAAAAACGCGGCUUUCCAUGCAGAUCACCUAUAGUUCUGACAGAGCGGGGAUGCCUAACCCCACACACCAUGCUUUACUCUUUCAAAUUGCUCAGUAGAAUACAGAGAAAUUGUAAAUAUUUGAGUGACACAUAAAUAUAAUACAACAUCCGAAGUGAAAUGUGCAGUGGCACUAGUAUAUUAAAAAAGCUGGAUGUGUCCUGUGGGACACAGCUUGUGUGCCCUUUCUUGUUUUUACAUUUUACAGCAGAAUGAGUACAGCAGACUGUGCCUGUUGUGCUUGUAUUUUGUUCCCAUCUCCUGUCCUGUUUUGUUCUAUUUUUAAUGCCCAUUAAAGCAAGGAAAAGAGGGAAAGGGAGGGGCGUGGUAAAUGCGAAUUUCAACUGCCCCUUCAAGGAAGCAUCUGGCUUACAGAGGGGACACCCGGCUGUAUGUACCAUAGUGUGUUAUUGAAAGCAAAAUAAUAUGUAGUACACGCCUCUCUAUUCCUGCCCAGCCUUGUAUUCCUUUAAAGCUCAAAACCUGUAGCUCUGCCAAUUUCGAUGCCCAACAUUCCCACCUACUCUUUGAUGUUUUAGCUUUGGGAACAAUAUCUCGUGUAAGUUUGUUGUCACAAGAAAGAAAAAAAAAAAGAGAGAGAAAUAGGAAUGUUUCAAGGAAAUAGCUAUUGUGAUAUUUGUUCAGUAUUUUUUUUUAUUUUUUUUUUAGAUGUUGAAAAGAUACUGAUAACCGUUUUGGCUUCCUUCGUUUUGCCAGUUUAUUUUUAUUUUUUUUCUGCCAGUAAAAAUAGCUUAAUAUAAACAAAUGAUUUGUGUAAUGUUAUAGUUGAAAAAGCAUUGGAAAAAAAAUUAACGGAGAGUUCAUAUCUGUUGUAUUUCUGUUCACAAUAAAUUAGAUUGUCGCAA